GCAUUUCGAUGGCCAAAUUUGAAGGCUCGAGAUGCCACCGCAAACAUCCCACAAUACUAGCAAUAUUAGAGGUUCUUCCCUCCCGCAAUAGACGUUCAUAAAAAUGGAACAUUCUGUAGCCCAAAUGGAUGACGAGGAAGAGCUGAUGGAUAUAGUGGCUGCCAGAAGCCGGGGUGACAAUAUAGAAGCGGAGCUCAGAAAGCUGGAAAUGCUUAAAUUGGAAGCACAACCGAGAGAAGAUGAGCAAUCGAGGAGAGCGGAAAUUGGAAGGCCAUUCCAGCCAUCGCAGCAUCAAACCAGUACAACAGGUGGCAACUCCAUGGGAGAGGAAAUCAAAGAAGAAGAAAAGGAAGAAAAUGUCUUUAUUUUGAAGGGAGUUGAAGAUCAAACAAAGACUCAUCGACAAGUAGAAGCUGGUCUAGAGGAUGAGCUUGCUUUUCCGCAACCAAACUUGACUAGUAGUGGGCAAAACCAGUCAGAUACGGCUACCAUGCAUCCAGGAGCAUAUGCAAUGGAUGACAACCACCACUCCCACAGCAACAAUAGUGGAUUGGCAGUCGCAAAUAAGGUUGAAGAAGAUGAAGAACCUACACAGAUUGCUAGACCCGACCAUUUGCAUGGGGAAAAUGGAUCUACGUCAAUCACUCUCAUGAUCCUUGUUCUCAUUGGUGAGCCUCCUCAUGGUUGGAGUGAUUUUGGUUCCACCUGUGGGGCGGUCUCUGCAGCAACAAAAGGUGAUGGUGAAACUCAGGCUCCCUCUUCCUUUCGGUAUUUUGUUUUAAUUGAAAGAGUGCUUUUGGGCUUGGCUAUUUUCCCAAAAGGGACAUAG